AUGCCUUACAAAGGACAUCUGAGCAUAACAGUGUACAAGCCCAAGAAGCCAAAGAAAUAUGGUGUGAAAUUGUUCUUUGUUACGCAUUCCAACACAGGAUACUUCGUGGACUUCUCGGUGUAUUCCAGGGUGUUCUCCAUGCUGCGUGACUCUGUGUUCAGUCUUGUGGAUUGUUUCCAUAAACAGAGAUACCACCUGUUUAUGGAUAAUUAUUAUAACUCAGUAUACCUGACCCAGGAACUGUAUGAAGCAGGUGUGCACAUCAGUGGUACCCUUCGGUUGGUGCGUGGGGCCCAGAAUGUCCUCAAGAGGUUCACUAGCCAGCCACAACAUCUGGCAAGAGGAGAGACAGAGUGGCGGCGGAAGGGAGCUGUCUUCGUCAUCUGGUGGAAGGGGGUCCGACUCGUCCCCAUGAUUACAACAAGUCAUGAACCCAUCCAAGAAGAGGUCGUCCAGCAGAAGAAGACACUUCGGCAGGGCCGAGUUAUGUAUGAGGAGUUUCGUGUUGAGCGGCCUGCCUUCAUUGGGCACUACAAUAGGCACAUGGGAGGAGUUGAUCUCUUUGAUCAACUCAUCCAGUAUUAUCCCUUCGCCAGGAGAACCAGGAGGUGGACACAGAAGCUCCUCAAAUACAUUCUUCAGUUGGCCCUCCAGAAUGCCUACAACGCCCGUGAUGAUCCCGCCCAUGCUCAGAUUCAGACUUCUCGUCGGAUAGUGGACCCUGUGUGUCGGCUGCAGCCAGGGGAUCACACACUGGAGCUCCUACAAGGGCACAGGCAGAAACGGUGUUGGGUGUGCCAUUGA